UUUGUUGAUGUUAGUUUUGCUUGGGAAAAAUCGCACAAGUCAACUUGGUUAUAAUUAUUCCAUAAUACGUUUAAAUUUUCACCUAUCCUGAUAAAUCAACACGAAUAUGAAAGACACGGCACACAGCAUGUCGACAACUCCGAAUACUGAGGCUGUUCACGGUAACGGGGAGGCCUUGCCAGUGGAGGAAUCACCUGCCAAACUAAAAUUAAGAGGGUGGCUGAAUCGUCACCUUAAAAUCAAAAUGACAGAUGGCAGAGUCUUGACGGGGGCUUUUUUAUGUACAGAUCGUGAUGCCAAUGUUAUUUUAGGCUCGUGUUCGGAGUUCUUGUCAGAAGAACACACCGAAGCUAGAGCCCUGGGUCUUGUUAUGGUACCAGGUCGACACAUUGUAACAAUUCACUUAGACGCAUAAUUCAUAAUAAAUAUAAGAAUAAACCAUUCUACAUCUGUA